AUGAGAAAAAAAGUAGACGGUAGAAUAUAAACAUUAAUCGAAAAUUGCAUAAAAUUACGCCAAAGAGGAUUUUUCAUUAUAGUAGGUGACAAAGGAAGAGAGCAAGCAGUAAAUAUUCAUUAUUUAUUAAAUAAAAUGAACUUCAAAAACAAGCCUCAAGUAUUGUGGUGUUAUAAAAAAGAACUCGGUUUUUCGACUCACAGAUAAAAGCGUGCCAAAGAAAUAAAAAAAUUACAAAAAAAGGGUUUAUAUGAUCCUAAUGUAGAUGAUCCAUUUUAAUUAUUUAUAACUUCAAAUAAAAUAAGAUAUUGUUAUUAUAAAGAGACACAUAAAGUACUCGGAUAGACUUUUUAAUUAUUAGUUUUAUAAGAUUUCGAGGCUAUAACCCCUAAUAUGCUUUGUAGAACAAUCGAAACAGUUGAAGGAGGUGGUUUCGUGAUUCUUUUAUUAAAAACAAUGUCUUCUUUAAGGUAACUAUAUACUCUUAGUAUGGAUGUACAUUAGAGAUUUAGAUCAGAUUAAUUUUAGAAUAUAUAGCCUAGAUUUAAUGAAAGAUUUAUUUUGAGUCUUUCUUAAUGCGAAAAUACUAUUAUAAUGGAUGAUGAGUUAAACAUUUUACCAAUAUCUAAAUCUAUAAAUAAUAUUGUAAGUAUAAGCAAUGACUGUUUAGAUCUAAAAAUGGUAGAAGAAUUAUAAAAAUUAAAAGAUUCUUUGAAAGAUACAUGUCCUAUAGUUGGAGCUUUAAUUUAAAUUGCAAAAACAUUAGAUUAAGCAAAAUGUAUACUUAGUUUUAUUAAUGCUAUUAGUGAAAAUAAAUAAUAAAAAUAAACAAUUUCAUUAACUGCUGGAAGAGGAAGGGGAAAAUCAGCUGCUAUAGGUAUUUCAAUAGCUUCUGGAAUUGCUUAGGGUCUUUCAAAUAUUUUUGUUUGUGCACCUUCUCCAGAAAAUCUAAAAACUCUUUUUGAAUUUAUUGUAUUAGGAUUAGAGUAGAUUGGAUUUAAAGAAAAUAUGCAUUAUGAUAUUAUUUCAUCAACUAAUCAAGAGUAUAAUAAUGCUGUAAUACGUAUUAACGUUUUUAAAACACAUAAAUAGGUUAUUUAAUAUGUUAAACCUAUUGAUGGCUUAUCGGUUGGGACUGCUGAUUUAGUUAUAAUCGAUGAAGCAGCGGCUAUUCCUUUAUUUUACUUAAAUUAAUUUUUAAAUAAUCCGUUAGUUUUUUUAAGUUCUACUAUUAACGGAUAUGAAGGAACUGGUCGUUCAUUAUCUUAAGAAUUAAUAAAAAAAUUAAAAACAUAAACUAUAACGAAUUCUAAAAAUUAAAGAAUACUAAAAUAAAUUACACUUUAGGAUCCUAUUAGAUAUUCGCCUAAUGAUCCAAUAGAAAAAUGGUUAAAUGGAUUGUUAUGUUUAGAGGCUACUGAUGCUGUUAGUUUAAAAGAAAAACUUCCUCCUUCAGAAGAUUGUGAGUUAUUUUUGGUAAAUAGAGAUACUUUAUUUAGUUAUAAAUAAUCGACUGAAACAUAUUUAUUUAAUUUGAUGAGUUUGUUUAUUUCUUCUUAUUAUAAAAAUUCUCCAAAUGAUUUACAAGAAAUCAGUGAUUCUCCAUCUAAUUCAGUUUUCGUUUUGAUGUAGAAAAUAGAUGAUAAAAAUCCUAAAAAAGGUCUUCCGGAUAUUCUUUGUGCUAUUUAAGUUUGUAUAGAAGGUAAAAUUUCCAAAGAAGCUGUCUAAAUUAGUUAAUAAUAGUCUGAAAAUUCAGAAUUUAAAACUUAUACUGACAUAAUUCCAUAUACAAUAACAGAAGAAUACCAAGAUAACGAUUUCGGAAAACUUUCUGGAAUUCGAAUUAUUAAAAUUGCUACACAUCCAGAUGCAUAAAGAAAGGGAUAUGGGUCUAAAGCACUGUCUUUAUUAUAAAGUUUUUUAUAAGGACAACUUUUGACUAAAAAAGACGACUUGAAAAGUUAUUUUGAUAAUUAUGAUAAUGAAUAAAAUUAUAGUAAAAAACCUUUACUAAGAAAAUUAAAUAAUAUAGAACCACCUAAUGUACAUUAUUUAGGUCUUUAAUUUGGAUUGAAUUAAAAUUUAUUUAAAUUUUGGCAAAAAAAUAAAUUUGUUAGUCUUUAUUUAAGAUAAAAAAAAAAUGAAUUAAAUUUAGAACAUAGUUGUAUUAUGAUUAAAAAUUUAGAUUGUAUUUAUUAAAAUAAUGAAGAGUAAUUUAACAAUAAUUGGCUUAAAUUUUUUAAAGAUGAUUUUAAUAAAAGGUUAGUUUAGUUACUUUCUUAUGAAUUUAAAGAAUUGAAUGUAUAAUUGUGUAUAGGAAUUAUUGAUCCUAUAAAGGAAAACUAAUAAAUUUAAAAAUAUGAUUUAAAAGUAAUAAACAUAAAAAAUAUAUAUAUUAUUUAUAAAUAAAAAAGAAUUAUUUAAACUUUUUCAUUAAUCAAUAUGAUUUAAAAAGACUUGAUUAUUAUUGCAAAAACUAACUUUAAUUUAUCCAAAUACAAGAGUUAUUACCUGAAAUAAGCAAAUUAAUAUUUACUAAUAAACUUGGAAAUAUUAAACUUAGUGUUUUAUUUUAUACUGUUCUUUUAGGUCUGGGACUUUAGCUUAAAUAGCCUUAAUAAGUAGCAGAAGAAUUAGAUAUUAGUACUUAAUAAGUUUUAGAUGUUUUUUAUAAAGGGAUUUAGUAAGUUUUUAUUGUUUUGA